UUCAUGAGACCGACGUACCGUGUGCGCGUGAAGUGACGAAGCCGGAAGUAGUAUUGAGGAAUACACGCUUUGAGUUGUCCUCAACCAGUAUUAGCUACAGUUAGCACUACUUUGCAUCUCUAGCGGCCCAUCUCUCUUGGAAGAAAUGCCUUCGCUAAACGGAAAACCUGAUGUUAUGUUUGAGGACGAUGAUCUGCCUUAUGAGGAGGAGAUCAUCAGGAACCCGUAUUCAGUCAAGUGCUGGAUGCGUUACAUCGAAUUCAAGCAGAGCGGACAAAAAUCUGUCCUCAACAUGAUUUAUGAGCGGGCUCUGAAAGAGCUGCCUGGCAGCUACAAACUGUGGUACAAUUAUCUAAGAGAGAGGCGGAAGCAAGUCAAAGGGAAAUGUAUCACUGAACCAGGCUAUGAAGAGGUCAAUAAUUGCCAUGAAAGGGCACUGGUGUUCAUGCAUAAGAUGCCUAGAAUAUGGCUUGAUUACUGCCAGUUCCUUGUGUCUCAGUGCAAGAUAACAAGAAGUCGUCAAACAUUUGACCGUGCACUCAGAGCUCUUCCAGUUACUCAGCAUCCGCGGGUCUGGCCUCUGUACCUCCGCUUUGUCCGUAACCUGCCUCUGCCUGAGACAGCCAUCCGGGUGUACCGCAGGUACCUCAAGCUUUCUCCAGAGAAUGCUGAGGAAUACAUUGACUACUUACGGUCUGUUGGCCGCUUGGAUGAAGCAGCUGUGCGAUUAGCAGCUAUUGUCAAUGAUGAAAACUUUGUGUCCAAAGAGGGCAAAUCUAACUAUCAACUGUGGCAUGAGCUAUGCGACCUGAUCUCUCAGAACCCUGAUAAGGUGACCUCUCUGAAUGUAGGAGCCAUCAUCCGAGGAGGCCUCACUCGCUUCACAGACCAACUUGGAAAGCUCUGGUGCUCGUUAGCUGACUAUUACAUCAGGAGUGGCCACUUUGAAAAGGCCCGUGAUGUAUAUGAAGAGGCCAUCCUUACAGUUGUAACAGUAAGGGAUUUCACACAAGUGUUUGAUAGCUAUGCCCAGUUUGAAGAGAGCAUGAUCGCAGCGAAGAUGGAGACCACCGCUGAGAUGGGGCAGGAUGAAGAUGAUGACAUCGACCUGGAGCUUAGACUGGCUCGCUUUGAGCAGCUGAUAGCACGGCGCCCCCUCCUGUUGAAUAGUGUGCUGCUGCGGCAGAAUCCUCACAAUGUCCAUGAGUGGCACAAGCGGGUAAAACUGUAUGACGGCAAUCCACGGCAGAUCAUCAACACAUACACUGAGGCAGUACAGACUGUGGAUCCAAUGAAGGCAACAGGGAAGCCUCACUCUCUCUGGGUUGCAUUUGCUAAAUUCUAUGAGGAAAAUGAGCAGCUGGAUGAUGCCAGGACAAUUUUUGAGAAGGCUACCAAGGUGAACUACAAGCAGGUGGAUGACCUUGCUGCAGUGUGGUGUGAAUAUGGAGAGAUGGAGCUCCGGCACGAGAACUAUGAACAGGCACUGCGCAUACUGAGGAAAGCUACAGCCAUCCCAUCCAAGAAAGCAGAGUACUUUGACGCAUCUGAGCCAGUCCAAAACAGAGUCUACAAAUCCUUGAAGGUCUGGUCUAUGCUGGCAGACUUGGAGGAGAGCCUUGGCACUUUCCAGUCUACAAAAGCAGUGUAUGACCGCAUUAUUGACCUCCGCAUCGCCACGCCACAGAUCAUCAUAAAUUAUGCCAUGUUCCUUGAAGAGCACAGCUACUUUGAGGAAAGCUUCAAAGCAUAUGAGCGUGGUAUCGCUCUCUUCAGGUGGCCAAACGUUUAUGACAUCUGGAACACUUACCUCACCAAAUUCAUUGAUCGUUAUGGGGGCAAGAAGCUGGAGAGAGCUAGAGAUUUAUUUGAGCAAGCCCUGGAUGGUUGCCCUGCCAAGUUUGCCAAGACCAUUUACCUUUUGUAUGCCAAAUUGGAAGAGGGAUAUGGAUUGGCACGACAUGCCAUGGCUGUCUAUGAAAGAGCAACCCAGGCAGUAGAAAGUGAGGAGAGGCAUCACAUGUUCAACAUCUACAUCAAGAGAGCGGCUGAAAUUUAUGGAGUCACGUACACCAGAGCAAUCUACCAGAAAGCUAUUGAGGUCCUUCCUGAUGAGCAUUCGAGGGACAUGUGCCAGCGAUUUGCUGACAUGGAGAGUAAACUUGGUGAGAUUGACCGAGCCAGAGCAAUCUACUCUUACUGUUCCCAGAUCUGUGAUCCCAGGGUGACAGCCAAUUUCUGGCAGACCUGGAAAGAAUUUGAGAUCCGCCAUGGAAAUGAAGAUACCAUUAGAGAAAUGCUGAGGAUCAAACGCAGUGUCCAGGCCACGUACAACACCCAGGUCAACUUUAUGUCCUCGCAGAUGCUGAAGGCCACAACAAGCUCCACAGGCACUGUGUCGGAUCUUGCUCCAGGCCAAAUGGGAAUUGAUGACAUGAAGAUGUUGGAGCAGAAAGCUCAGCAGCUUGCUGCAGAGGCUGAGCAGGACAAACCCAAGCUCAAAGAGAAGAUCCUCUUCGUCAGGAGUGACACAUCUCGCAGUGAGUUGGCUGAGCUCUCCAAACAAGCCAAUCCUGAUGAGAUUGACAUUGAUGAUGAUGACGAGGAUGAUGAUGAUGAAGACCAGGGACCGGAUGAGGUGCAGCUUGAGCAGAAGAGCGUUCCCACGGCCGUCUUUGGAGGGCUUAAAGAUGACUGAAAGAGACAUUCUUUUGGAUUUCUUUUGUUGACAUUGAAUAGACUCCUUUUUUACAUUUCUGUAAAUGCUCAGUUGCAUUUACUUUAUUUUUAUAGACUAUGACAUGAGUGAAAAAUGUAAUGUAAAUAUUUUCCUGGUGUAUUGUUUGUGGUACACAAAGCAAACAUAUGAGCCUGUGUUCAUUUUGGCCAUGUGGUGUCAGUCUUUCUCAAGUAUGAAACUCCAGAUAAUCAAACAAUUGAGCAGCCUGCUGUAAUGAAAUACUCAUAUUUGGCUCCGUUGUAGCUGUAACUGAAGACUAACACAGUUUAAUUUUGUCUCUGAAUAAAAUGUUGUUAGUGUGUUAACAGUAAAAACACUGUUACCAAACACCAACCAAUGCAGAGACAUUUCUUUGACAGGAAGCUCUGCCCUAGAAAACACAGGGGAGGAGCAUGGUUUCUUCAACAGGGAGAAUUUAGAGUGGAGCAUUCAAGCCUCACAUUGUUGCCUUGAGGAUCACCAGUAGGUGGGUGUCUUGUAAAACCCAAUGUUUCUAAAAGAUUUCAUGAUUGUAUGUCCUUAUCCAAAUUUUUAAAAUGGUGCUAUUAUUGUACCUGGAUCAUGAUUCAGCUACACUUGAGGAACAGUUUGUAUUCAUGCAGCAGUUUAAAUGUCUGGUUGAAUAAUAUGAGGGCUAUUAAAAGAAACAUAAACAACUCAUUACUCUGCUCAUUUGGAAGGUUUCCAAACUCCUGCUUAUUUUGGCUUUUUUUUGUUACAGUUGCAGGUAACAUGGCUCACUAACAUUUUUUGAGGCAUAUAAUGUAAAUGUCUGUUUCAGUCAGCAUUGUUGAGGGCCUUCUUAUCCCCCAGUGCAGCCUGAAAUUGUUUGGUAUGCAGCAAGACAUCUGAAAUGUUUCCUAUUUCCACACCGCUUAUGUUUGCAGUCUUUGUGAACUAUGUUCCAGCAAUUCUGCCAGUGAAAAUCUAGUCUCACACUUAUUGUAAUAAAAAUGAAUUUAUACCAGUUAAA